UCUGUUUUAAGCGCUUUAACGGAACGUGGACUAACAGCAGUGAGAUCAACAAGACGCUCCCUCAAAUUCUUCGAAAAUCAAUAAUGCCACACCUCAAUUCUCUAUUUCCAGAAUAUCCUUAUUUUCAAUCCUUCAAAAAUUUCCCUCACUUUCUUCUCCUUCUGCAACAGUCACCAGUAAGCGUUCAUUCGCGCAGAAUUUGAACGCAGAAUCACUGAAUUUUUCUUGAAUGAAGGUUCAUAACCCCGAUAGUCCACGAAAAUUAUACAGCAAAUAAAUCCGAGUCGUGAAUACGCUUCCGCAACCCACUUUGAGAUAUUAAGAAGAAGUAGCUCCUUUAUUGUUUUGUAGUAGAAAAGAAUCUGGCUUACUUUCUACGGCAAUGGAAAUCCCUUCCUCGUCUGAAUUCACUUGGCAAAACAUGAUGCUUCCACCCCCGUCCCGAACGUUUCAGGAUCGCGAAGACCUUAUCAGUUAUGUUCGUGAUUUUGGUGUUAGCCAAGGAUACAUUGUAACGAUACGGAAAUCUAAGAAGGAUAGAAGUGUUGUACUUGGUUGUGAUAGAGGAGGUACUUAUCGAAAUAGGCGUAAUGGUGAGGAGAUGAAGCGCAAAAGGGAGGCUAGUUCUCGCCUCAUAAACUGUCCUUUUCAAGCUAUAGGAAAAAAAGACGAUGAUGUCUGGGUUCUCACAGUUAGAAAUGGUGAGCACAACCAUGAACCGCUAAAAGACAUAUCCGAGCACCGCUAUAGUCGUCGUCUUACAGAGGAGGAGGUAGAGCAGAUCAAGCUAAUGAACGAAGCAGGAGCUAAGCCACGUCAAAUGCUUGAAGCUCUGAAGCAAAGCAAUCCAGAAUUCCACUCAACACCUAGACAUCUUUACAAUGUCAAAGCCAAAAUUCGACAAGGAUUGUCAGAAAAAAGUUUCAAAUACUGGAGGCCCAAUCUAUCUGCUGCCGUUGGUGCACCCACUGUGAGAUCAGUAUGUGCUGUCCCAGUCAAGGUUACUAAUUACAUUGGUGGCAAAUUUUUGGAAUCGCAAGCAUGUGAGGUCAUUGAUGUCAUAAACCCUGCAACCCAAGAGGUUGGUUCUCAAGUUCCAAUGACAACAUUUGAAGAGUUUAAAGCAGCAGUUGAUGCAGCUAAACAAGCAUUUCCCCCGUGGAAGAAUACACCAGUUUAUACUCGUCAGCGUGUUAUGUUUAAGUUACAGGAGCUCAUCCGGAGGGAUAUUGACAAGAUAUCUAUGAAUCUCACUAAAGAGCAGGGCAAGACCUUGAUUAGUUCAAAAGCUGAUGUACUUUAUGGUAUAGAGCUUGUUGAGCGUGCGUGUGGUAUGGCAACGCUACUGGCAGGAAAGUACGUACCAAAUGCUGCUAAUGGAAUUGAUACGCUUUGCACCAGAGAACCUAUUGGUGUUUGUGCAGGGAUUUGUCUCUCCAACUUACCCACCAUGAUUCCCCUUUGGAUGUUUCCAGUUGCAGUUACAUGUGGAAAUACAUUUAUUCUGAAGCCGUCUGAGAAGAAUCCAGGGGUUUCAAUGAUGGUGGCGGCAUUGGCAGCAGAAGCUGGCUUACCAGAUGGUGUGUUAAAUAUUGUUCAUGGCAAUCAUGAAAUUGCCAGGAAUAUAUGUGGCGAUGAAGAUAUAAAGGCUGUAUCACUGGUCAGCCCAAAUACUGUUGGAAUGGACUUAUAUGCCAGAGCAGCUGUCAGAGGUAAACGCGUUCAAUCUAACAUAGAAGUGAAAAAUCACAUCAUUAUCAUGCCCGAUGCAAGUGCUGAUGCCGCGCUGGAUGCUGUUAUCGAAUAUGGCUUUGGUGCUUCUGGAACCCAGAGGUUCAUCAGUCCUUGUGUAGCUGUUUUUGUUGGAAGCUCCUCCCAAUGGGAACAAAAGCUUGUUGAGCGAGCAAAAGAGUUGAAAGUUAAUGCUGGAGUAGAGCCUGGCACUGACAUUGGACCAGUUAUCAGUAAAGAGGCAAAGGAUAGAAUGUGCAGAUUAGUUCAAAGUGGUAUAUGUAGUGGCGCUAGACUUGUUCUUGAUGGAAGACAAAUUGUGGUUCAACGGUAUGGGGAAGGGAACUUUCUGGGUCCUACUAUUAUGUGUGAUGUUACAACCAGCAUGGAUUGCUACAAGGAAGAGGUGGACGGCCCAGUUCUUCUAUGCAUGCAGGCUGGAAACCUAGACGAAGCCAUAUCAAUUGUUAACAGUAGCAAGCUCGGAAGGGGGGCUUCUAUAUUCACUUCUUCAUGUGCUACUGCUAGGAAGUUUCAAAAUGAAGUUGAAACCGGUCUGGUUGGGAUAAAUGUUCCCGUUUCUCUAUCAUUGCCGCUUUCCACGUUCAGUUGUUCUUCAGUAGCUGGAGAUCUUGAUUUCUGUGGGAAUGCAGACGUGCAUUUCUAUACUCAGUCGAAAACAGUUGUUCAGCGUUGGAAGGAAUUGCCUAGAGGACGAGUACCACCGUCUCAUCCACAUCCACCUACAUUUGAGAUCGAAACAUGUAGCCCAGGAACAUCUCCCGUGCAAUGUUGUGGUUCUGAGAGAGAUUCAUUUGGAGGUAUGGGCUCUAAAACUACGCCUUCAGCUCUACCGGAGUUACCUUCGGAUGAUUUCCCAAUGGCCCUGGGAUCGCCUCUUGCCUCCUCGUCUGCACCUCAACCAGUACCAAUGGGGCUUGAAGGAGCAACAACGUUGCCCUCGACAUCUCUGAUGCACCAAGAGCAGUCGAGAAUGAUGCACUCAGCAACACCAGUGGAUUCAACGAACCAACACGCAUCAACUUCCACGCCUUCUUUAUCAUCCGAUGGAAUAUGGAGUGAAAAUAUGGAGGCCAUGAAUGAUCGUUCUCCUCCUACUACCGAGAGAUUCUACCUCCCUACAAUGUCAAGAGAUGAGAAUAUGGCCAUGUUAUCUCGUAGGCAUGACGGCCCUCCAUUCUCCGAGAGACUUCAUUUGCCCGUUUCUGAUGGUAUGCGCUUGACAAGGUUGAACGGAGACGCCUCUGCAAGAUUGGAUAGUGCAGCUGUGUCUCGAUGUACUGAGAUUUAUUCGGCCUCAGCAGCACGGUGGAAUGUCGAGGCAUCAUCGAACAGGAACUCUACCCUUUCAACUUCUCAAGGAAUGUAUGUCCAAACACCAAAUUCACCAGCAGUGGAAGAUCAUCGCGAAGGAGUACUGUGAACUCAAAUUUUCUUUUCAUUCUAAAUAAAUGGUGAUGCUUUAUUAGUUUAACUGAGUUUUUGAGCUCACGUUUUCAGUUAUUUGGUGUAAUGUUAGUUUAUAUUGACUAUGAACCAAUAAUACUUGUUGGUUCGUGUUAGGAAUUGUUCAAUAUCUAGCUUGUCUUUGAAUAAAAUUAGGCUAAGAAUUCAAAGAAA